AUGGAGUCGGUGGCGCUGGUGGCGCCGGUGACGGCGCUGGAGUUCGUGGCGGAUGUGCUGCUGGCCGGCACGGGCCCGGAGGUGGCGGCGUUCCGGCUGAGCGGCGGCGGCGCGGCGGCGGCGGGGCGGCGGAGCGUGCUGCGGCAGGCGAGCGUGCAGGGGCUGCGGGCGGAGCCGGGCGGCGGCGGCGGCGCGGUGCGGGUGGCGGCGUUCGGCGGGCGCUGGCUGGCGGUGCUGGCGCUGGGCGCGCGGGUAUGGGAGGCGCGCUGGGCGGCGGGCGGGCGGCUGGCGCUGGCGCUGGGCGGCGGCGCCGUGGCGCUGUACGAGUGGCGCGGCGGCGGGCGCUGGCUGCGGCGGGCGCAGUGCGGCGGCGCCGGGGCGCUGCGCUGCGCCGCGCUGGCCGGGGCGGCGGCGGGCUGGGCGCGCCUGGCGCUGGCGGCCGGCACGGCGGCGGGCGCCGUGGUGGUGUGGCGGGCGGCGGCGGCGGCGGAGCCGCGGCGGCGGCUGCGGGGGCACCGCGGCGCCGUGCUGGCGCUCAGCUACGCGGCGCCGCGGGGGCUGCUCGCCUCCGCCUCCGAGGACCGCAGCGUGCGGCUCUGGGCCGUGGGCGAGCUGGGCGCCGGCGGCGACGCGCCCUGCCUGCUCGUGUGCUACGGGCACGGGGCGCGCGUGGGCGCCGUGGCGCUGCGCGGCCCGCGGCCCGUGAGCGCCGGCGAAGACGGCGCCUGCCUCGAGUGGGCGUGCGGCGGCGGCGUGCGGCGGGCGCGGCGCGGGCACCGCGGGGCCCUGCGCGCCCUGGCCGUGCGCCCGGCCGGCGGCUGCGUGGCCACGGGCGGCGCCGACGGCGGCGCGCGGCUCUGGCGGCCGCGGGAGGCGGGCGAGCUGGCGGCCUACGAGGCGGCGGCGGGGCGCUGGGCGCCGGUGCUGCCCGCCGAGGCCGCGGGGCCCCGUGCGCUGCUGGCGGCCGCCCCGCUGCCCGGCGGCGCGCUCUGCGCCCUGGGCGGCGGCGACGGGCGCCUGCUCAUCUUCGCCCUCGACCGGCCCGGCCACGCGGCCCGCGCCGAGCUCUUCGAGGGUGCCGUGCGUGGGCUGAGCUGGGCCGCCCGGCCUGGGCCGCCCGCCGACGCCGUCGCCCUCCUGGCCUCCGGCCCCUGCGGGGAGCUGCUCUGGCUGGACGUCGCCCCGCGUCCCGGGCGGGCGCCCUCGCUGCGGCUCGUGGGCCGCUACCUGCUGCCGCCCUGCAAGCAGCGCUGGCACACCUGCGCCGCCUUCCCGCCCCCGGGCGACCUCCUGGUGUGCGGCGACCGCCGCGGCUCCCUCCUGCUCUUCCCCUGCAGCCACCCGCAGGGGCCGGCGGACGAAAGCCCCGGUUCUGCCGGCGGCGAGGACUCUGGGAGCGAGUCGGAGCUCUCCUUUUUGGCGCAAAAGGAGGUUCUUCCCCUCGAGAACCCGCUGUCCAUCCUCUUCGGGCUCCACGGGAAGACAGGGGUCACCUCAGUGACCUGCCACAGCGGCUACGUUUACAGCACGGGCCGGGACGGCUGCUACCGGCAGCUCCGCCUGCGGGCCCGGCGGCUGGAGGUCCUGCGGAAGCACAGGCCUUGCAAAGGGCUGCAGUGGAUUGAGGAGCUGCGCUUCACCCCCAGCGGGGACGUGCUCGUGCUGGGCUUCCACGCCGACAACUUCGUGGUGUGGAGCACCCGGACCGGCGAGAACCUCCACUGCGUCCCCUGUGGCGGGGGGCACCGCUCCUGGAGCUACAGCAGCAGCCCCUCGGCCGAGGCCUUCGCUUACAUCAAGCAGGGGGACGUGAUGCUCUACUGCAGCUCUCCUGAGCCCCGCGAGCAGCAGGUGCUCCUGGCGUCCCUGCACGGGCGGCAGAUCGCGUGUGUGCGGCGCCUGGGAGCCGUGCAGGCGCCCGGGCACGCCGCCACUGACGUCCUCGUCACCGGCAGCGAGGACACCAUGGCCUGUGUCCUCACGCUCAGUGAGCACUCCCGCACAGCCGUGCCCAUUACCACGCUUGACGACCACAUCUCCAGCGUGAGAGCGCUGGCGCUGGCCAGCCCCGCGCGGCCCGGCGCCGACGGCCUUUCCACCCUGCUCUUCUCCGGCGGGGGCCGGGCACAGAUCGAGUGCUACCAGCUGCUCCUCGCUGGGGACCCGGCCUCCGAUAGCACCGUGGCCUGCGAGGUUGUCCACGUGGCCUCCCACCGGCUGGACGAGCACUGGGACCGAAUGAAGAAUAGGCACAAGCUCAUCAAGAUGGACCCAGAGACCAGGUACAUGUCCCUCGUGGUGGUGCCCGGGACCGACGCCGAGCAGCUGCCGACACCCUGCAAGUUCCUGGCUGCUGCCUGCAGUGACGGCUCCGUCCGCCUCUUUGGGCUGCUGGAGGCCGCCCGGAAGCUGGUGCUCGUGGCGGAGUCGUUCCACCACCAGCGCUGCGUGCUGAAGGUGGAGACGUUCCUGCACGCGCAGGCCGGAGGCGCGAGGAGACACUUCCUGUGCAGCGCAGCCACCGACGGCAGCGUCGCCUUCUGGGACAUCACCACCACCCUCGCGGAGGCCGUGGAUGCCCUGCACCGAGCGGAGGGGGAGGUGCAGCCCCUGGCCCUGGGCGCCCCGCUGCUCAGCAUCAUGGCUCACAGCUGCGGCGUCAACAGCCUGCACGUCCGGGAGGUGCCGCAGGGCCGGUACCUGGUGGCGAGCGGCAGCGACGACGGCUCCAUCCACGUCUGCCUGGUGGAGGUGGCCCCGGGCGCCGGGGAGACCUGCCUGCGCGUCCUGGAGCGGUUCUUGCGGCCCUGCGCCCACGCCGCCCACGUGACGGGCGUCAGGGUGCUGCGGCCGGACCUGGUGCUCUCUGCCUCGGUGGACCAGCGCUUGAUGCUGUGGCAGCUGGGCCCGGGCAGCCUGGAGGCUCUGAGCACCACCUUCUUCCACGUGCCCGACCUGGCGGAGCUCGACUGCUGGGAGGCGGCGGCAGAGCCUAGCGGGGAGCUGCACUACUACUGCGUGCUCUGCGGGCAGGGCCUGGAGCUGGUGCGCUGCGCGGUGCGCGCCACCCGCCCCGAGCCCCCGCCGCUGGAAGCGCCCCGGUGACGGGGGAGGCGUGCGGCAAAGCCCACGCCCUGUCUUGCUGCAGCGGGGAUGGCGGGUGUCACAGGAACAGCCUGGCACCCGGCUCUGGCAGGGGACCCGCAGCAGGACUGGGACUGUCCCUCCUCCAGGGAGGAGAGGCCUCUAGCCACCGCGGUGUAGGGCCGGCUCGGCCUUCAUGGAAAGACAGAAAGGAUGCAGCCAUGCUGCGACACCUUGAGCCAGGCCAUCCCCACCAGAGCAGGCCUCAGUCCAUUCCUCGAGCUGGCACGGGUGUUCGUGAGCAGCUUGGGCCCCAGCAGUCAGAGCAGAGGCAGAGAUGAGAAGCAGAGCCCGGCCCCAGCCCUGCGCACAGCAGCCUCUCGCAGCGCCCCUGCGUGGGGCAAGGGGCCCUGGGUGCAGGCCUUCCCCCCCCCCACACCCCCCCAGCCUGCAUACACAGCAGUUACACAGGGAAGGGGCCUUCCUCCUGCCCCAGCGAUGCUCAGAGGGCGUCCAGCACUGAGGGACCGUGCCUCUGCCCCUUGGCAUCAGGCUUUUGGGGAGCUGCAUCCUGCUCCACACAGCUGGGCGAGAGCAGAACCUAGGGCUCCCUGUGGCCUCUUUUCCCAGCCCGUCUCCACCUGCGCCUGCCCCCACCUCAGCCGUUGCUGCAGGGGUCAGACAGACACAGCACUUGUCCAGCAGUAAGUGUAUUAGGCCUGACCAGGGCCUGGCCCAGGGCAAGGCAGGGCCCGCAGGGCCCCAGGAGCUCUGCGCCAGCACAGAGGUGCCCUUCAAUAAACAGCUUUGAGGGA